AUGCGGGACCUCGGCGCCAAACUGGAUCGCGUGCUGGCCAAGUUGCCACCAUCAACAACCGGUUGGACACCCAUGACCGGCGCAUCGCCCGCACGAAGAAGUUCCAGGCUGGAGAUGAUGUCGAUGACGGCUUCGUGGAGGAACCACCGCGACACGAGCGCGGCGGCGGCGGGGAUUUCGGCGGCGGCUUUGGUGGCGGUGGUGGCGGAGGUGAUGGCAGGCACUACGGCGGCGGGUUUGGCGGCGGCAAUUUUGGGGGCGGCUUCGGCGGUGGUGGAUAUGGCGGGUACCCCCGCGACUAGCGGGACCGCCGUGCAUAUGGCGGCGGUGGCAGAGGUGAUGGCGGCGGCGACGGCGGUGACUGGUUUGGCGGCGGCUUCUGCUGCGACCAGCGGGAUCGCCGAGACCUUCGUGGCGGCGGCGACAACUUUGGUGUUGGUGGCUUCUACCACCGAGGGGGCGACGAUGGCUGGCGCUGCCCACAACUACCCAAGCUCUCCUUCCCCCGCUACGAUGGAGAGUCUGAUCCACUACCAUGGCUGA